AGGGAACAAUAAGAGAUGGUUGAGACAUGUCAUUGGUAAACUCGUAAAUAGCUUAAGUUCAGUUUAUUUGACAUUUAAGUGGCAUACAUCGUAUUGUCAGCUGUAUAUAAAGAAAUUAUUAUUUUUUUAUAAAAACAUACAUUCAGCUAUACGGUUUCAAAUAUUUAAUACGAAGUGAAUAAAAGCAGAGACAGACAUAUCACUUUCAUAAUUUAUUCCGGGGAAUCACUGAUAUUAAAGCAACUGGCGUAUAUACAGGAUUAUUCAAGAUUUUGCUCGCGUGCCAAAUAAAGCUAAAAGUUUCAGAUUUCUUUCAUUAUAUUGAUUCUUAGAAGACCAAAUUGAAAGAACAUUUAAAAUAAAAUUGGAUAGUGACUGUUUAUAUUCAAAUAACAUUAAAGCUAGUCAUAGUUAAAACAAAAUGGUUCUUGUAACCGACAACAUGGUUGAUCUUACAGACGCAUGUCAAAAUCUUGCAAUUCGAAAGAAACCUAUAGACUCAAGGACGAACGAGAUUUUAGUUAUCGAGGCAGACGACUUAUUAAAAAUACGCGGUAAACUCUCAGAGCUUUAUCCGAACAAAAAGUUUAUCAUUGCACCUUGCAUGACGAAACUUUAUAUUUCUCGAGAACAGCAAGUAAUUGACGCAGAUGGGAAGACGUCGCCUGAUUGGUUUUAUUUUGAUACUGGUGUUUUAGCUAUAGUAUAUGGUGCUAGCCGCAAGGAUUUAAAAAUAACACUAUUUCAGAAGAGUUCAAUACGUUUAUUGUGGUAUAUGAUAUGGGCAGACUUCGUAACGGUUCAACCACAAACGUCUAAUUUUCAUGUCUUGAACACAAACCCAUGUUUCACUGAGCAUGUGGGUUUUAUGAUUGAAAAUAAAGUUGUCGCAGAUUUGAUAUUGAACGCUAUUAACUUAUUGUCAGAAAACUUGACAGAAGAUGUCGAAGAAAUUUUACCAUCGCGAAAUACCGAACUCCGGGAAAGUAAAUCAAAUAAAAAACAGAGUAUUUUACGCACACUUUCGUUACAUGGGCGCAAAUCAAAAACAUCGAAAUCUUUUGAUAGUAACACAGAAAGCGAAGACUUGUUUGCCAAACCACAUAAAAGAAGAUCGUCGUUACGAGAUUCGCUUUUACGAAAAAAUGCAGCUAAAAAGGCAGAAAGUCCUUUAGUAGAAAAGAAGAUUCAAAGAAAAGGAAGAAGUGCAACGGUAAUUGGCAGUCGUGACAUCGAUCGUUUAUUGCCGAAACAACUUCCAGAUCCCGGUUACGAGUCAUCGCCCGAAUCUCCGACUACGCGAGACUGUUCCUCCGUGCAUACAUUACGUUUUUCCAGGGCUGACUCUUUUCGUCAUGCUGUAUCAACACAAUCAUUCGAAAGCAGCGGAAACGUAAACAAAGACUGUACUGAAAACAACAACAAUAGUCAGAGAAAAACAUUGGAACGAAAAACAAGUAAAGAAAAUACGGAUGGUAAAGAAAGAAUUUCGAGGACUAUUUUUCGCAAAAGGAGAAUAUCAAGAAGUCAAUCUCUAAAAGUAAUUUCUCGUAAGCGCGAUUCACAACUGUCACAGAGUUCACAAGCCGAAGUGACAGAUGGUAAACAAACAACUGACUCAAAACAACACCAACGCGCGAUAAAACUUGUUAAACCGCGUUCGUCCACGGAUAGUUUACUUUUAAGAGGUGAAACAAUGAAAAGCGUUAUCGAAACUGGACAUGUUGCACGUUACGCGAGAGAACGUAAACAGUGGGCUAAAAGACUUGAAGUUUGUAGUAUGCCAUCCACUGAUCUAUGUGUUACGGAACUGUAAAGAGUCAUGUACUGUUGUGUAUAUUGUAAUUACUAAACUUGUAAUAUAUAUGAUUGCUAUUUUAACUUGUGCAUUUUUUUAUAAAACGGAUAUACCAAGUUUUGAAGCAUUUUAUUUUCUGUUUUCUAAACAGUUAGCACAUAACUUUUAAAUUGUGCGGUUUCGUUAAUUUCCUAUCAGGAGGAGAAAAGUGGUUAACCAAAUAUAUUUUUCUUUAUUAGG